AUGGCAAAAUUUAGCAUCACGAUGUCCGUGUGGGCGAUUUCUGGAUUAGUGGUUCAGUUUGUUAGUUUAGUCGACGCAGCCCCUUGUCACUUCCACAUCCCGCAUGAUAUGCUGAGACGGGCAGCAUUAAUCACGUGUCAUGAAGAUCUAGAUAUCAUCGACAGCGGAACGGCAAUAUGUCCCAGAGAAGCCAACGACAUCGAAUAUGUAUGGCAUCCUCAACCACAAUCAAGUGAAGAAACUCGUCUCCAAACGUACGUGAGUGAAAACGGCAAGUUACUUACAGUUCCUAUUUCGGAAGUGGUGCGAUCUGAAACCGUGAAACCAUUCAUCAGGCUAGAAACCAAACGUACAAUAAGUACUCUACAUUUCGAUCUACAAAGGCAUGAGUUAUUUGUCAUCACCCAACGCCGCCUCAUAUUCAUUUGCGCUCCAAGAGAUUGGGUAUUGAACGAUACGAUGCAGCGUCACCUUCACGAUCUUAAAGGCUAUGACAAGGUAAGAAUCCUUCCGUGGAGCUCAUCCACGCCAAUGGUUGAGAUACUAAAAACGAUGGGAAAUGGUGUUGGCGUAUUUUACCUGCAUAGAGGACGUUCGCAAUCACCUCUUGUAGGCUGUGGUACGCGCCCUUCACCACUCUUCGAUCCGGAUAUGGAGGUGAGUGUGGAUCGAGUCACAGGCACGCCGUCAUGUGUGGUGGACCCUCUAUCGGUAUCACGAAUCGGUUUCUUAUGCGAAGGCCAAAUUGAACCACAUGAUUGUAUGAUUUCACUCUUAGACGGGGAUGGUGGCGUUGUGGUGCCCCCUCAUCCACGCUUUUAUUGGAAAUUUGUGCACCAUAGGCCUUGGGUUGUAGCGCAAUAUUUUGAUAAAUUGGCAGUACGACCAUUCUAUGGUGAAUGUAGGUGUAUAGAUCCUCAAACAAGUAGGCUGAAGGCCAGGAUUGAAAUGCGUUCAAAAACCGACCAUGUCUGUGACAUUGCCAGCAUGAUCUUCCGAAACCGAUUACGACCAAUCCGUGGCCCGUGGUGUUCGGCGGUACUUCAUCCUGGUAGCACCUUGACUAUAAAGAUUCCAACGCAGCCUGUGAACUCGGUUUCGAUUGACGUUGAUUCCGACGGAGAUAUCUCCGAAGAUGUCUCGAAUGUGCCAUUCUCUCAACUGCCAUCCGCCUAUGAAUACGAAUCGGAAUUCCUGCCGAAGGACCUAACUACCCUGCGGCAACUCAUAAAACCGUAUGACUUCGAGAGUUACAACGAAAGAUUUUACAAAGAGGUCUUGGCUGGCGAUGCUAUUGAGCUGGAUCUUUCCCAAAUGUCACGUGGUGUGAUCAAACUGAUUUACAAUCCAAACAAACCUCUUGCAUUAAAAUAUGGCACAAAUUCUUUCUGCUAUUAUUGGAAAUUGGCAUCUACGAACCCGAAUAAUUUGGAUAAGAUUUUUGCGCCUGUUGUUGUAUCCUUUGCGUGUAAUCAUCGAUACAUAUUGCGUGGCUGUGACCGAAUGCAAAGGGGUGUCUUUGAUCCAGAAACUAGCAGGAAGUAUUGCUCAAUUAAAUUGAUGGGAAGUGGUAUAGGGAAUAUAUACGAGUGUUCAUUACAAGUGACUAAGGACGCAUGGAAGGCUGGCAUAUACUGUGGACCUGAUGAGGAACUGUUGCCUAACAACUGUGACUCCGUGAUGUACGAUCUACAAUCGAAUAGUGUUGUACCGUACCCUGGAUUCAUUCGUAAGACAUCGGCUUACUCCAUUCGAGGAUUUCAAGAUUUACAAUUUCUUUUCAGGAGCGAUGUCCCAAUUAGUUACGCGUGUAUGUGCGUGGAUAAACGCGGAUACGAAUCCUCGAGGCUUGUGUUAGGAUCCAAUAAUGAAGUAACACAUGCGUACGAAGUAAACCGUAGAACUCGGUCUGAUACGUUGCUCCCAUACCUAUCGCUGCCUUGGCAGAAGGUCGUACUGUUAACAGAAGAAUCCAAUUCAUCAAUGAUGGUUGAUCUGCAUAAACCACGCAUGCAUUCCGUCGAACUUGACGUGGGAACAACGUUGUUAUUGCGUUGUAAACUUGAUUACGACGUUGCUAACCCUGUCAAUAAUGAAAUAAAUUUGGUGACAUGGCUCCCAACUCAAGUCGAUGAAUUUCAUUAUAGUAUCCAUCAUACGUUCCACGGGAGCAAGCUUAUUAGGACAUCACGCGAGGCCGUGAUGGUCAGUGCAAAAGGUGGAUUGCAAGCCGUUUUCCGUAAAUAUUUGGAAGGAGCCGUGUAUCAAACACUAAAGAUAACGUCGCGUAGAAACGCUGUGAUAAUCUCCAAAGACCCAACUAAUACUAAACGCGUACCGUUGGCUUUCGUCUGCGGUAAGGCACCUGAUCAGUCGAGUUUAUCAAGCGUAAAUGGUGAAGGUUCCACGUCAGGCGCAUCUGGAGACGCCCAUUUACAGAAUACCAAAUUGUCAGACGAACACAAUUGGCACGUCGUUGUGGUGAACGUCGAGACCACUGACCCGUACAUGCAAGGCUGCGGAGUCACAUAUGCGUCAGAUGAGUUGUUCAAGCCCGAAACACCCAAACUCUACGACGCUGACGGAAGAGAAAUUGGUUGCAAGAUAGACCUUCAAGCCGCUAAGGAAGCCGCAUUCUACUGCCCAGUACCGUACGUCCUGGACCCACCCAAUUGCUUUAACAAUGUCUUUGUUGACGGCAUAGUGAAAAAAGUAAACAAUCUCAGCAAGUCGUUGGAAGCAUCGCGCACUAAUCACUUUGUGACGCUAGCAUUCAAGAGCAAACUGGUAGGGCGGGGGGAAACGCUGCGCCAGACGCCGCCGUUGGAGUGCCGGUGCGUCACUCUCAAAGGUGUCACCCUCUCUACCAUCCAGGUUGAGAACUACUACGCCAAGGAAUGA